CUUCCCCUCCAACUCCCAGCACCUGGGGGCCCCUGGCACUGCUUGGCUCGGGUGCCAUGGGGCACAGAUGGUGACUGUACUAUGCCUGGAGUUGGCCCUUUGGCCCUGUCACAAGUUCUGGGUGAGCACCAUUCCUGUGGAUCCUGAAGCACAUCUUGUGGAGAGAGGCCAAGCUGAGCAUCCAACAGAGCCACAUGAGCGACUUGAGAACCCUGAGGACACCUGUUUCUAUCUUGACUUCCAAUCCUAUCUGAAACAUGGUGGUAAUCAGUGUUAAGAGAAAUCCAAAGCUGAGUUUUUGAAAAAAGGAAAUCUUCCUGCCGCUGGACUGAGGAUAUGUGCUGCUACUUAAGAUGAUCCACGGCUGGGGUGGUACUGCCCCCUAGGGGGAACUUUGAAAAUUUAGGGGGUGUUUUUCGAUGAUCACAAACAUUUGAAGGGAUACUACAGCAUUUACCUGGCCUGGGUGAGAUGCUAGACAUCCUGAAAUACUCAGGACCCCCCUUAUAAUGAAGAAUUUCCAGAACACCUUUUUUUCCCCUCACUUUUUAUUUUUAUUUUUUUAUUAAGGUGUCUGAUAUACACCCUUCUGAAGGUUUCACAUAAAAAACAUGUGGUUACUACUUCACCCAUAUUAUCAAGUCCCUCCCAUACCCCACUGAAGUUACCAUCAGUGUAAGAAGAUGACAGUCACUACUUGUCUUUCCUGUGCUGCACUGUCUUCCCUGUGACCCCUCCCAGACCAUGUGUACCAAUCAUGAUACCCCUCAAUCCCCUCCUCCCUCACCCUGUGGAGCCUGUGUCCGCUGCUGUCCAGAACACAUUUUGAAUGGCCAAUUGCACAUCAUGUAUAUGAAAAGCGUGUUAUAUGAGCCUAGAACUAUCUUAGUCUUAUAAUCACAAAAUACUUUUUGCACAUUUUGAAAGACUCAGUUUGUCAGUGUACAACCAUGUAACUUAAAACUCUACUUCGCUUUGUUCAGCACUUCACCAAAAGCUUAUUCACUGUUUUGGAGCAUCAGGUCACCAAUGGUAAGACCACCUGUGGUGUAUGAAUUGCCAGCAAACAACAGUAUCAGUUGACUUUAGCUGUCACAUCCACAGUGAUUCUGUAUGCUGGGGUGGGCACUGGACUGCUUCACUGUCUUCUGGUUGAGUUAGGCCCAGGCUUUCACAUACUGAAAUACUUGUUAUAUAAGUAUAUUCCAUUUAUUUCUCCUUUAUGUUACAGUGAGGACACUGUAUGGAGUGGUGGUCGUUGUUGCCUUGUAUCACAAAGGGAUAUUGCCCAUGCAUUUCCUUUUGAGGUAGUCCAGGGGCCUUGACCCUGAAAGGGUUGAGAACUGUGGUGUCACAUUGAUAGUUCCGAGUGGUGGUAGAGUGGAGGGUAUAUAGGCUGUAAGCCCCUCCCCCCAUCCUGUUCUCCAGAGCCUAGAUGGACAUUCUUGGGGGGAGGGGUCCAGAAGAUGGUUCCCCGGUUAAUGGGUGAUGGAAUUUGCACAAGAGCUGGGCAAAGGUGAAAGGGCCAUGUCCUGCCCCAAAUCCCUCAUCCCUUCUCUCCGCUUCAUUGACACCCCCACCUCCUCCCCACUCCAGGCAGCUAACUUCACCUAAACUCUGACCUCUUACUCCUGCUACUUAACUCUGGCCCAGGGCAGCCAAGACAAGACUAAAGGCAGGGCAGCAUGAGCCGAACACCUCCCUAUCCCAUCCAACUCCGAUCCACAGGCUCACAGGAUGCCCUGGCCCCCCUGCCACUGCCUGCUGUCCAAAAUCCCUCUCACUCUUGGGCUUCUCUGUGUGGGCCUCCUCCCUGGGGCCUCAGCUGUGUUCUGGCUCUGCAGCAUAUCUUGGUCCUGGCUUCUCUGCUCUGUGUUUCCCACCUGCUCCUGCUUCAAAGUCUCCCCCCAGGGGGACUCUCUUACUCCCCUGCCCAGCUCCUGGCCUCCAGCCUCUUUUCGUGUGGUGUGUCUACUGCCCUGCAAAUUUGGAUGGGCAGCAGGCUACCUCUUGUGCAGGCUCCAUCCUUAGAGUUCCUUGUCCCUGCUAUGGUGCUGACCAGCCAGAAGCUACCUCUGGCCAUCCGGACACCUGGAAACUGUGAGCACAGAACAAGGGCACAGGCCUCCCUUGUGCUGCGCCUGUGUGAAGGGCCUGACUGCCAUGGCCUGGAGGUCUGGAACAGUUCUCUUCGAGAGGUAUCCGGGGCUGUUGUGGUAUCCGGGCUGCUGCAGGGCACACUGGGGCUGUUGGGGGGUCCUGGCCACUUGUUCCUACACUGUGGGCCCCUGGUGCUGGCCCCCAGCCUGAUCGUGGCAGGGCUGUCUGCCCACAGGGAGGUGGCUCUGUUCUGCUCUUCUCACUGGAGUCUGGCUUUGCUGCUUAUCCUGCUCAUGGUGGUCUGUUCUCAGCACCUGGGCUCCUGCCAGUUACCCCCAUGCCCCUGGAGGCCAGCUUCAACCUCUUCCAUUCAUGCUCACAUCCCUGCCUUCCGGCUCCUCUCGGUGCUGAUCCCAGUGGCCUGCAUGUGGAUUAUCUGUGCCCCUCUGGGUCUCAGCACCACCCCUCUGGAGCUGUCUGCCCCCACUGAGGUGCCGUGGUUUUGGCUGCCUCACCCAGCUGAGUGGGACUGGCCGUUGCUGACACCCAGGGCUCUGGCUGCAGGCAUCUCCAUGGCCUUGGCAGCCUCUACAAGCUCCCUGGGCUGCUAUGCCCUGUGUGGCCGGCUGUUGCAAUUGCCUUCUCCACCUCCGCAUGCUUGCAGUAGAGGCCUGAGCCUAGAGGGUCUGGGCAGUGUGCUGGCUGGGCUGCUGGGGAGCCCCAUGGGCACUGCAUCAAGCUUUCCCAAUGUGGGCACAGUGAGUCUUAUUCAGGCUGGAUCUCGGCGAGUGGCCCACUUGGUGGGACUGCUCUGCAUGGGGCUCGGGCUCUCCCCGAGGCUGGCCCAGCUCCUCACCACCAUCCCGCUGCCUGUGCUUGGUGGGGUGCUGGGGGUGACCCAGGCCGUGGUUCUGUCUACUGGAUUCUCCAGCUUCUACCUGACUGACAUUGACUCUGGGCGCAAUGUCUUCAUUGUUGGCUUCUGCAUCUUCAUGGCCCUGCUGUUGCCAAGAUGGCUUCGGGAAGCCCCUGUCUUGAGCACAGGCUGGAGUCCCUUGGAUGUGUUACUGCACUCGCUGCUCAUGGAGUCGGUCUUCCUGGCGGGACUCUUAGGCUUCCUCCUAGAGAACACCAUUCCUGGUACCCGGCUUGAGAGAGGCCUAGGUCAAAGUCUGUCAUCUCCUAUUGCUGCCCAAGAGGCUCAGAUGCCCCGGAAGUCCAGUGAGAAGGCUGCUCAAGAGUACGAGAUUCCUUUCCCCAUCCAAAAUCUGUGUCUUUGCAUCCCCCAACCCCUGCAUUGCCUCUGCCCGCUGCCUGAAGACCCUGGGAAUGAGGAAGGAGCACCCUCUGAGCCAGGAGAGACAGCCGACUUGCUGCCUAGCAAUGGGAGGCAGUGCCCUGGGUCUAGCAGAGAAUUUACGUCCUAGUAAACCAGAACUUCCCUGGAUAGUUUAGCCCUAUCUCCCAGCUUGCUGGAGAGUGAGCUCCCAAGCUCUACUUUCUCCAAGAGGUGUGUGUGUGUAUGUGUGAGAAAUGCGCCCACCUAUAGGUUUCAUUUCCCAAUAGGUGUUUUGCCUUUUCUUCUUCUAAUUAGGCCCAAACUGUUCCAGAACAAGGGCCAUGGUUCAGUGGACCAUAAGUGAAUGAAUGAGAUUUUGCCUGUAAACUAUCUAUACUGGAACCCCAGCAUUCACUUAACAAAUAUUUAUUGAGUGCCUCCCGUGUGUAAGGUUCUGCAACUACAGACAUGGAUGAGCCAGGGUCUCUAACCUCUCACUGCACUUACUGCUGAGAAAGAUUUAUGUAAUUACUAAAAUGCAAAGCAGAAGGCAGUCUGUAAUAAAAGAUUAAAACAAUGUUAUGGGAUCAAAGAGGAAGAAACAAUGAAUUCUGAUUGGGGAUAAUGGGUAGGCUCUGAAAGCAGCAGUACUGAGGCUGUCCUUGACAAGAGGAUUUGGGGUUGUGGAAAACGGAUGGGGGGUUUUCAGGCUCAGGUAUCCAGCUGGAGCAAAACCGUUAAAUUGUAUCGAGCAGAAGAUGAGUUGAGGGAUUUGUGGUGAUGGAACCUAAGUAUGGGGAUGGAUGGCGGGAGGAAUGAGACAGGAGAGGUAAAGGAUGAGGUCAGACCGAGGAUUUAUGCCUGGGAGACUCACCUCCGAGAACCCGAUAGAUUAUCUAGUGAAGUUCAAUCCUUUGUUUGAUUUUUUUAAAAAAGGGUUGAACAGGUAGGGGAAAGUGACUUUAAUUUAUCGACAAGUCCAAAUCCGGGGACCCCUCUCCUGCACCUCUUCCGGCAUUCUUUCUACUCCAACAGCGUGACUCGAAGGAACACCACUAAGCCCUCCGGCUUUUUACCGCAGUCUCCCAGCCUGUAGCUUUCCUGG